UGUAGGGACAUACUCAUGGAGUACUCCAAGCAAACAAUGAAGUUGGGAUUUUCAUUGUUCGGCCUACUGUCAGAGGCUCUCGGGCUAAGUCCAAACCACCUGAAAGACAUGGAGUGUGCUGAGGGACUUGGCUUGACGUGUCAUUAUUAUCCGCCUUGUCCUCAACCGGAACUAACACUGGGCACAAGCAAGCACGCAGACGGUAACUUCAUCACGGUGCUUCUGCAAGACCAGAUAGGAGGCCUGCAAGUUCUACAUAAGGAUCAAUGGGUUGAUGUUCCACCUAUGCCUAGAGCCUUGGUUAUUAACAUUGGAGAUCUUCUACAGCUCAUAUCCAACGACAGGUUCAAAAGUGUGGAGCAUCGAGUAUUGGUAAACCGCAGAGGCCCAAGAGUAUCAGUCGCUGGCUCUUAGGAAUUGUUGUCAGAAGAGAAUACUCCUAAGUACAGGGAAACAACAGUGAGCGAGUACAGCGCUCACUUCAUUGCAAAAGGGCUUGAUGGGACCUCUGCCUUGCUGCAUUUCAGGCUCUAAACUUGGACAUGUUUUGAGAAUAAUUAUAUGGUUUGCAAUAUCUGUUGCAUGUUCUAGACUGUUGGUCUCAAACCGUACUGAGUAAGCCAACAGGCUCCAUGACUGGGGAUAGUACAUACCACCUUUGCUGAAGUAGUGCUUGAAAACUAUUUGUUAUAUAUUUACAGUUUGUGAGAAGUGUUGAAUGCUUGUUCUAUUACUUGUGGCAUAUGAAAGUAAAAUAUGAAUAAAAAAGAAAUGUUUGUGCAAAAA